UUUUUUUGAACCAAAAAAAAACGUAUAUUUUUAGGAGUUCUAGUGAAAUGAUUUCAUUAAAUGACAGAGUUUUUGUUGGAAAAACAUUAGGAACAGUACGAUUUAUAGGACGGACGGAUUUUUCAACGGGAGAAUGGGUGGGAGUAGAAUUGGAUAUGCCUACAGGAAAAAAUAAUGGAUCGGUUAAGGGUAAACAAUAUUUUGAAUGUAAAGAAAACUAUGGUGUUUUUGUUCGGAUAUCAGCAGUGAAGAAAGUAGAGUUAAAAGAAGAGGAGUUAUUGGAAGAUGUAAAUGAUGAAUCUGGACGAAGUAGUUCAUUAUCUCCAUCGAAAAGAUCAGUUUUUCAGUCAUUUCGAAGUAUGGGGUCGGUUUCUCGAAUACCAUAUAUACAGUCAUCGGUAGGGCAGCAAAAAAUAUUAAACACAAAAGCAUCAUUCGAUGAGUCUAUUUCUCCUUGUAAAGGGAAAAAAAGUAGAUAUAUGUGUGAAAAAUCACCGGAAGUAUUACGAAUGGAAAGUUCAGUAUGUAAGUCGCCUGUAAGAUCUAAGAUAUUUCAAGAAAAGGAAGAAAAUGAUAUACAAAGUGAAAAAGAAGAGAGAAUUGAAUGUGAAAAAGGUGUUUUUGGCGGAAGAUUAUGUUUUGAAGAGUCAAAAGUGUCUUUCGAGGAUUCUUAUGGAAAAUUUGAAUCAAAUGAUACAGUUUUAAUAGAUGAAUUGAAGAAGGAGUUGAAAGUUUUGGAAAAAAAAAGGAUAGAAGAUAGAAAUAAGUUAAAAUUGUUAGAGGAACAGUUACAGGAAAAAGAAUCUUUGGAAAAGGCUAAAAAUAGACUCCAAAAUAAAAUUUUAUCUCUGCAAAAUGAAAUACGAGAUUUGAAAUUAUCCUUAAGAAAUAUGGAAAAUGAAAAAGCAGAAUUUGAAAUGAAAUUUAUUGAGGUUUCAGAAAUAUUGGAAGUAACUACACUUGAUAAAGAGAUAGCAGAACAAAGGGCGGAUAUAUUGGAAUCUGAAUUAAACGCGCUUAAAAAUGAAAUACAAAACAGUGUAGAUAAAAGAUCUGAAGAUAUUUCAAAAAAAGAACAAGAUGAAUUAGAUGAAAAGGAUUUAGAAGAACAGAAUAAGGUUUUAAAAGAAGCACUUAUCAAAUUGCAUACUAUGACGAAUAAUCAAGAAGUAGAACUCAAAAACACGAUUAAACAUCAUCAAUUAGAAAUUGAGAGCCUUAAAAAAUAUAAAGUACAAUAUGAAUCUUUAAAAGAGAAACUUCAAGAAACAGAAAAUUUGGUUGAUGAUCUUAGACAACAAGUAGAUAUUAGUUUGACAGCAGAAGAAAUGUUGGAAGAGUUGACUGAAAAGAAUCUUUAUUUGAAAGAAAAAAUAGAACAAAUGAAUAUAACCAUUCAAGACUUAGAAUCUUUAAAAGAACUUAACGAUGAAUUAGAAGAAAAUCAUUUAGAAAACGAAAGACAGAUGAGAGAAGAAUUAGAAUAUAAAGAUUCUAUUUUGAUUGAAAAUAUGAAUAAAAUAACACAAUUGAAAGAAGUGAAUUCUGAAUAUGAACUAGUUAUUCUAAAAUUUAGGGAGUUAGUGGGAAAUUUACAGCGUGAUCUUGAGAAUUUGAGACUUGAAAAUCAAAAUGCAAAAAUGGAAAGUACAGAAUUGAGUAUUAGAUCUAAGGAAAUUAUGGACUUAAAUUUAAAAUUAAAAUCUUCUUCAGUUAAAUCACAAGCUACAAAAAUAGAAUAUGAACUUAAAAGACUUGAAGGUCUAGAAGCGGUUGAAAAAUUUGAAAUUACGCAAUUUUUCCUUCCAGACUCAUAUUCUUCCGAAAAUAGUUCAAUCAUGGUAUAUUUUAAAUGUAGAAGAAUUGCUAUGAAAUCCGUUCUUUUACAUGAUAUUAUUAAAGAAAAAAUAUUAUACAACAUAUCUAUUAACAAUAUAUUAGAAAUUGAUUUUCUAUUAGAAGCGAUGGAAAUAAAUAAAAAUUUAGUAUUUUUAAGUACGAUUGCUAGGCGUUUUACUUAUUUUAUGAAUAUAUGUACCUUAUUAGACUUUGGUGAAAUUUCGUCUUCAUUUUCUAAGUUGGAUAUUUUGGAAAAUAUUUUAGAUACAGAAAUAAAUAUUUUAAAAAAGAAUGAAUAUUAUGAAAAAAAGUUUCUUGGGGUUUUAGAAGAGGCUGUUUUAUUAUUUAAUAGUUUGUCUGAUGUAUAUAUAAAACCGUAUGAUGGAGAAUCGAUAUCAAAAAUUGAAUCCGAGUUGUUUUUUUCCCUUAGUUAUAUUGAGAACUUUUUAAAAGAAGAAUCAAUACUUCGAAAUUUACUUGAAUCUGAUUAUAUGAAACAAAUAAUGGGGGGAAACACUACAUCUAUUUUAGUAUUAAUUGAAAAAUUAGAGACGUUUUCUUCCCAAGCUGAAAAGAUUAUAAUUAUAAUAAAUAAGUUUUUUAAAAUAAUGGAUUCUAUGAAGGAGAAUUCAUUAUCUUUAAAAGAAACCAUUGUUUCUGAAUUUUUUGAUCUUAGGAAUAUGGCAAAUUUCCUUUAUGAUGCAAUGAAAAAAAAUCUGGUGUAUUUUAAUGGAUUAUUAAACAAAUAUUUAGAGGGUAUUGGAGUAUGUUUUUCUGAAAAAGAUGUAUUAUUAGAUUUAAAUCUUGAUAAUAUUUCUGAAAAAAUAGCUUCUUUUACUUUUAUUUUGUUAAAAUUGGAGAAGAAUAUUAAUUAUUCAGAAAACACAUUUCAAAUUUCUCAAAAUAUUGCUCCUUGGAUAUUACAUUCAAAUGAAAUCAAAUCUAUCUUACAGAAAAAUAAUGACACGGAAAAAAAGCUUAAUAUUCUUCAAGAUAGAAUUAAUCAAUAUAUUAUUGAUAUACGACUUAAGGAUAAAGUAAUAGAGGAAGUCAAUAUUAAAACUGAACUUUUGAACAAAAGAACUGCUGAUUUGAAACGACAUUCAGAAACUAUAAAAAUACUUGAAAAAUCUUUAAAUGAUGCUGUAUUAAAAGAAAAACAAUCCAAUGAAACUAUAAAAACUCUUAAUGAGAAGACUAAAUCUAUGGAAAAGAUUAUAAAUAAUUUUCAAACUACUAAAAAUGUUUCUGACAUUAAUUCUCUGGAAGAAAGUAUUAUUAAUAGUCGAAUAUUUCAAAAUAGAAUACAGGAAUUUUCUAAUGAAAUUGAACUUUUCAAUAACUCCAUUUCAUAUUUAAAGGAAGAAAUUAAACUUUUAUCUACUAAUAAAAUGAUUUUGGAUAAUUCAUGGUUAUCUGAACCAUUAUUUAAAACAAAUGACGAAAUCUCAAAAAAGAGGGAAAAAAGGACUUCGGAAAUUAGAUUUUUACUUAAAUCUCUUAGGAUGUUUUCAUCUAAAACAAGUGUUAUUAAAUUAUCUUUCAAAAAACAAAAUGGAUGGAUGUCAGAGACUAAAAGACCUCGUUAUAAACAUUUUAAACAACAAGAGGAAUAUGUUUCUUUGUGUGCUAAAAGGGAUUCAUUAGUUUCUAUUAAUGAUUUUACUUUUCGAAGACCUGUUUGCAAUUCUACUACAACUCCAUUAGUUCAUUGCACGCUUCAAAUGCCUUCUUAUGGGCUAAAUAAUAUUCAACAAGAUGAUCUUUUAUUACAAAAUAUUGAAAUUAAUCAUUUUAAAGAAUUAGAGCGUAUUCAUUAUUCCAUUCUCAAGCCACUUCGUAUUCGUUAGCAUAUCAACGGAUCUUUAAUUCUUUUUCGGGGCACUUUAUGAUCUUUUUUUAUACAAAUAUCUUGUUUUUUUCAAAAGGAAUAAAUUUGAUUUUU